UCUCAGCCUAUGGCGGGAGCCUCCCGUGGUGCUCAGCGCUCACACGUGGGGUUGGAGCUCGGAGUCACCGCUCGGACCCCCGCCAGGGCCGGGGCAGGCCCCGCCAUUCCUGCCGCGGCUUCUGCACCGGCCUCGCUGGCACUACGAGCGCGAUGGCGGAGCCGGUGGUGCCGAGUCGCGGGGCUGAGGUUGGCGUGACCUUUGAGGACAUUGCCCUGUACUUCUCCAGGAAAGAAUGGCGCCUCCUUGAUGAGGGUCAGAGACAGCUGUACCUGAAUGUGAUGUGGGAGAACUUUGAACUUGUAUCUUCCCUGGGUUGCUGCUGUGGAGCAGAGAAUGUGGAGGCACCAAGAAAACAGAAGGUUUCAGUAAGAGAAUUACAGGGAAGGAAUUCCAAGGUAGCCUUGUCUUCUCAGAAGAGACAUCCCUGUGAGAGUUGUGGGCUCACCUUGGGAAACAUUUUCCAUGUGAUGAAGCUUCAGAGAACACAGAACGGACAGAUACUGUUGAGGUGUGGGGCAUGUGCAGAACAGUUUUCCUUUUGUGUAAAAGGUGACCAACAGCAUGUGAGAGAGAAGAUUUUCAUUACAGAUGUGGACACGAUCUCACAUGCAAACAGUCGCAAUUUCAAUGAGUCCCAGAAUCGUUUCACACGUGGGGAGGUUGGGCAGGGUGUCCUUUUCAAAUCAGGACAUAGCCACCUCAAGGCUACUCUCACCAGCGACAGUGCAAAUGCUAUCUCAGCACAAGAGAUGACUUUUCAAAAGAAAAAAAAUUACACCAAAGAAGAUAACAGCCACCUUUGUAGUCAUCAGAGAGUUCACAGUGGAGAAAAGCCUUAUAGAUGCAGUGACUGUGAGAAAGCUUUUACCACUAGCACUCAACUUCAUAGGCAUCAGAGAGUUCACAGUGGAGAAAAGCCUUAUAAAUGCAGUGCAUGUGGUAAGUCUUUUGCAAGGAGCAUUUAUCUUAAAUAUCAUCAGAGAGUUCACACAGGAGAAAAGCCUUAUAAAUGCAGUGACUGUGAGAAAGCUUUUACCACUAGCACUUACCUUCAUAGGCAUCAGAGAGUUCACACAGGAGAAAAGCCUUAUAAAUGCAGUGCAUGUGGUAAGUCUUUUGCAAUAAGCAUUCUUCUUCUAUAUCAUCAGAGAAUUCACACAGGAGAAAAGCCUUACAAAUGCAGUGAAUGUGGGAAGUCUUUUAUAAGGAACAUUUAUCUUAAAUAUCAUCAGAGAGUUCACACAGGAGAAAAGCCUUAUAAAUGUAGUGACUGUGAGAAAGCUUUUACCACUAGCACUUACCUUCAUAGGCAUCAGAGAAUUCACACUAGAGAAAAGCCUUAUCAAUGCAGAGAAUGUGAGAAGAGUUUUACAGGAACCAUUGAUCUCCAGCGUCAUCAGAGAGUUCACACAGGAGAAAAGCCUUAUAAAUGCAGGGAGUGUGGAAAAUGUUUUAAAACUAACACCAACCUUUGUAGCCAUCAGAUUGUUCACAGAGGAGAAAAGCCUUUUAAAUGCAGUGAAUGCGGGAAAUGUUUUAAAAGUAACAGCCACCUUUGUAGUCAUCAGAGAGUACACAGUGGAGAAAAGCCUUAUAAAUGCAGUGAUUGUGAGAAAGCUUUUACCACUAGCACUCACCUUCAUAGGCAUCAGAGAGUUCACAAAGGAGAAAAGCCUUAUAAAUGCAGUGCAUGUGGUAAGUCUUUUGCAAGGAGCAUUUAUCUUAAAUAUCAUCAGAGAGUUCACACAGGAGAAAAGCCUAAUAAAUGUAGAGAAUGUGGAAAAUGUUUUAGAACUAAUUCUGACCUUCAUAAACAUCAGAGAAUUCACACUGGAGAAAAGCCUUAUCAAUGCAGUGAAUGUGGUAAGUCUUUUGCAAGGAGCAUUUAUCUUAAAUAUCAUCAGAGAGUUCACACAGGAGAAAAGCCUUAUAAAUGCAGUGAAUGUGGAAAAUGUUUUAACACUAACAGCCACCUUUGUAGUCAUCAGAGAGUUCACAGUGGAGAAAAGCCUUAUAAAUGCAGUGACUGUGAGAAAGCUUUUACCACUAGUACUCACCUUCAUAGGCAUCAAAGAGUUCAUAUAGGAGAAAAGCCUUAUAAAUGCAGUGAAUGUGGAAAAUCUUUUACAACUAAUUCUCACCUUCUUAAAAAUCAGAGAAUUCACACUGGAGAAAAGCAUUAUAACUGCAGUGUGUGUGUGUCAUGUUUUAAAAGUAGGAAUGGUCUUCGAUAUCAUCAGAGAGUUCACAGUGAAGAAAGUUGUUAAUACAAAUAAGGUGAGGUAUCUCAACUUAAUUUGCAAAUUUGCUUUACACAAAAUACAAUUGUGAAAAAAUUGUUAUAUGUAUAGGAAAUGUAGUUUCUUCAUUAGGACUUAACAAUUGUAUAAGAAAAUAUGUGAAGUCACAUGCUGGAUUAUAUCUCAUAUAUUUAAUCACCUACAUUAUGCAACUUCCCCCAAAUGUUUUUGUUAUUGUGUUUGUCAGUAUUUAUGUUGGAACCAUAUGUAUCAAUGUUGUACUUUCCAACAUAGAGAGAUGUCUUGUCUGCUGUAUGUAGUUGCAUAUUUCUGUUGCUGAAGGUAUUUCAACUGAACCUCUUAUAAGGUACCUUCAGAUGGCCUCAUCACCAUCCUCAUGUGCCCAGGGAAGCUACCUAUGCUGUCUAAUUUGAUGAAGAAAAGUAGGAAUACCUGAGCCCUUAAUUUUUCCUUGUUUCCUUAUCUAAAAUAGCCACAUAAGAAUGAAUGCUGUUGGCUGCAGUGACUAUGAUGUGGCAGAACUGCCAUGUUGACGGACACACUUUCCAUAGAUACUAAUGAUGAUUUUAUUGAGGGCCUAAGGCAUGAAUGGUAGAACUGCCAGUCUCAUCUCUUUCUUUGCAAAAUAAUGAAGGCUUUUUCCUGGAUUAGGUGUUGUGUUGACUUUAUGGUUAGUUUACAAGGAGAUCUCGGCUCUCCAAGCACAAUGAUAUGAAAAACUUUUAUGGUGUCUCAAACAUUUUUUCCCUUGGGGUGAAGGCUAUGGUAUAGAAAUUAGUUCAGCAGUUUUUUGUCCAAUUUACCUUGCUGCCCAUAAAUUCCCAGGGAGUCUCUAAUCCUCAUGUGAAGAUGAAUGCUUUGAGACACAGAUCACCCCAAAGGUGGGGUAUAUAUGGCAACCUGAAGAAUUUCUGUGAGCAGCAUGAAUUGUUUUCUUGUUUUGAGGGAAUACUAACAUAUUUGAAGGGAAGCUUCUGCCCAAGUGUUGCAGAGGGCCAUGUGCCCCAAUGCCUUCAAUUCCAUGGGUGAUGGUCACUGGUUGGAGGACCAUAGCAGUGAGGGGAAACCCUUUCACUGUAGAAACACUGACCCAGUUCUUGUUGGAUGAAACUGUAGCCCAGUAGAUGGAAUGGUCCUCAUCUAAACCUACACCCAGAAAUUUUUUUGAUGAAAAGACUACAGGAGCUGUGUGUAUACACAUGAGGGACUGCAGGGUUGUGUAUCUUCUGUAGAGCAGUCAUUGUCAUUGAUUAUAACCAAGUGGUUUUGUGGCUUUCUGUAUCCUCUGAGAUGUUUCCAUCUGAGCCAUUGGUGCUCUGGCAGCAAAACUAAGAGGAAAAGAAAGGGUGUCAUUAGACCUGAGAUAUAGCUUUUUGUGACCCAGUAAGCAUUCCAGUGUGUUUGGGUGAAAGUUCUUCAUUGUUUGUUACAUUUUCUAUCACUGAGAUGAGAUCCUCAGCCAGAGGGUAUAAGUAUGUGAAUUGAAUAUAGAAUUG